GUCAAAAAUUAAAUAUGUCCUAGAAUAGUUAUGAUUCAUUCGCCAUUUUCCGGUUCAUCCCAUCCAUUACAAUUCAUUCGAUCUGUCAAAAUCAUAUCUCUAGCUGAAAAAAUAAAAUAAUCAUUUACCACUGUGCACAGUCGCUUGCUGCAUUAAGGACGAUUUUCCUCCCAAAAACAAAUAAUAAAUUCCUAAACAAAAACAAAAAAAAAUAUCGAUUUAAGUAGAAAAAUUAUUUUUCUUUUUAAAUGUUUCCUUCAUUUAUUCUUAAUUCAGUGUAAACAAAUUCAAAUUCAAUGGAAGAACUGCAGUCUUGUGUUCAACAAAGCUACUGACAUUUCUACACUAGAUGACUCUGCCUGUCGAAUACAUCAGAAUUCGUCGGUUUUGUUGAUAAAAAGAGAAGCAAAAAAUAAUUGCAUAAAUAUUUUCAAAGUGUAAUAAAUGAAAUGUUGCAUUCAGUCUAUGGAUUUAUAUAACUUAAAACUAUCGCAAAAAUGAAUCCAAUCGAAACGACGACAACAACAACAGAACAUUCUUUACAUAAACGAAUACUGGUACCUGGUGCUGGUACUGGUGGGACAAGCGGUAGCGGCGGCGGUGGCGUUUCCUCUCACAUUUCUAAUAAUUUAAUUGAAAUAAAAGAUCAGAAAAUGAUCACACCAGCUCUUUUUGGAGAUAAGGCUUUAAUUAAGCAAGUCAUUGGUGUUGGCCCGUCUAAUAACCCAAACCAAAACCAACAAUCAGUUCUGAAGAAAAUUGCUACAAAUAUUCAAGCACCAACUACAGCAACAUCAACAUUUAUAACUUCCACAUCAAACAGUAUCGUUAAGGCAAUAGCUCGACCUAAUGCUGACGCGGUUGUCAAAUCACAGCAACAAAAUCAGCAGCAAUCUUCAUCUUUAGUUCGGAGCAGCGAUUGCAAAUCGCAGAAGCAACAGCCACUGCAAAUUGGCAUAGGUACCUCGACUGUAGUAACCACCUCUCCUGUCGUUGGCCAACAAAGCCUUAUUAAGCUGCCAACCCCAAUAUUGGAAAAACAUACAUUCAUAAAAAGACCUCUUCCAAUGAUUCAACAUAAGACUUUUACAUCGCCAACCACUUCCAUUGGAAUGCAGCAAACAUCGCCAAACAGUCAUAUUAUUUAUAAAACAUUAAAUGGAAACUCGAACUCAGCAAGCAGUUGUAAUAAGAAUUUCACUCCAACAUUAUUGCAAAGACCAACGGCUGAACAAUUGACAAAAAGGCGUCAAAGUUUUAGAGAUGUUCAAAUAAAAACUAGCGCCGCACAAUUAACUAAAAGACGUGCAAGUAUCAGAGAUAUUCAAAUAAUACCUGCCAAUAACAUGGACAGCAAACCAAUGACUAUCAUACGAACCUGUCAUAAUAGCUCCGAAACACCAUCACCAAUGGAAGUAACGCAAAUUUCGUCAACUGUAACUUUAACUAAAAGUGCAACAAUGAGCUGCAAACAAACAAAAAAUAUACCACCUUUGGUGUCGAUUGACAAGAAAAACUAUCCUAAACAAGGAAAAACUGUUUUUGGAAAUGGCGCAGAACAUCGAAUGUCACUAGAUGAAUCUGCCAACGCCAACGAAGGUGGUCAAAAGAGUUUGCUCAUUAAACGACAGCCUUCCCCUACAAAUAUUUUGAAGACACCACCAAAAACACCACCUGGUUAUCCAGUCAAGACUCGGCAGCAGUCUUUAUUGAAAGUAAACAGUCUGGCACGAUUAUUGCAUACCAGUCCCAGAACCAAGCGUUCAAAAUCAAUGACAGCUGUGUCAAAUCCAAUCAAAAAACGUGGUCGGCCUCGUAAAAAUAGGCGACUCUCAACCGCUUCCGAUGGAGAAUUAUUGCAAAAAGCCGUUGAACAACUCACUUUGGAAGAAGCAACUAAAAUAAAGAGGGAACCUACGUCGUCGUCUGCAGUUGUCGUAACGCCAAAUGUCGCAAGUACGUCUUUACUUUGCAAUGAAAAAGUAGAAAUGAUUCCAUCGUCGAGUAGUAACAACAGUAGCUUUGAAAUAACUCCUCAAAAAGAGUCCAAGGAAGCGACAAAGCCUGUGGAAAGGACAUCUGUAUACUCUAACCCUGCCCAUAUGAACAUGGUUCUGGGAAUGCUAUCAACUUUCAAUAUGCUCACUUGGAAAGAACGAGUUGGCAUUUGCAAACAAAGUGAAAUGAGAUUUCAAUUGAACGAAUUAAAUCUGGUUCAGAUUGCUGAAAAAUGUCAACAAAGAAAUAAGCCCCAUACGGCUUAUGAGAAGCCUAUUUUCGAACGUAAUUCGACUGCCAAGAGUUCUGACCAUUCAAAUGCUUUGUACUGCUGUCGACGAUGUGAGUGCCAUGGAUCUGCCGUUGAUUUCCUUGCGCCUGAUUUUUGUUCAUACGACUGCUUUAGGCGCGAAACGCGCAAACGAUCAAAAAUUUCCAUUAAAUCUCGCGAAAAAGAAGUUCGAGAACGAUUUAAGAAAAUCAAAACAUCUCCGCAGCCCACCAUCGUCGUUAGUCCUGAAAUACAAAUUAAACCAAAACGUUUCUUCACUUGGGCCUCAUACUUGAGCACAACCAAUGCCCAGCCGGCUCCCGUUGAUCUAUUUCUAAAUCCUUACCCAUGCGGAGAUAACUUAUUUGAAGUUGGGAUGAAACUUGAAGCCAUUGAUCCAGAGCAUAAUUCCUUGUUCUGUGUCUGUACUGUAGUCGAGAAGAAAGGUUAUCGUCUGAAGUUGCAAUUUGAUGGUUAUUCUAAGAUUCACAACUUUUGGGUGAAUGCUGAUUCCAUGGACAUAUUUCCACCAGGUUGGUGUUCAAAAACAAAUCGAGUACUGCAGCCACCCAAAGGUAUGAACUUAUUGACAUUCAAUUGGCCAACGUAUCUGAAUAGCACCAAUUCCAAGCCGGCGUUAAGAAGUCUAUUUACGCAUUUAAAUUCGUCGUCAAAGAGAAAUCCUUUCAAAGUUGGUAUGCGCCUGGAAGCAAUCGAUCUAAAGAAUACAGGAAAAGUUUGCGUUGCCACAGUUGCUGAUGUUUUGGACAAUCGAAUAUUGGUGCACUUUGAUGGUUGGGAUGAGAGUUAUGACUAUUGGAUUGACAUAAAUUCGCCCUACAUACAUCCCAUUGGUUGGCACAAGCAAAACAACUUGGAACUUGUUCCGCCACCCGACUGGGAUGAGUUCUUCGAUUGGCCAGAAUACCUUGAGUUUAUGCGUAGCGAAGCAGCUUGGCCAGCGAUGUUCUUACGACGUGAUCCGAUUGAGUUCAGUACUGGAAUGAAAUUGGAAGUUGUCGAUUUUAAAAAUCCAGCGCUCAUUCGUCCCGCAACAGUGUUGUGUCGAGAUGAGUAUAAAGUGUUGGUACACUUGGAUGGCUGGCCCAAUGAAUUGACAUAUUGGGUUAAUGAUGAUAGCCCAGAUAUACAUCCCAUAAGGUGGGCAGAAGAAACUGGUCAUGAUUUAGAACCACCACCAGAUUUUGAACAACUGAAUGUAGUGAUGCCAUGUCCGGUAUAUGGUUGUCGUGGAAUUGGCCAUGCAAAACGUGUUGAUGUUUAUUUCCAUGCUAACAUGGACACCUGUCCAUACGAAGCAAAGAAUUGGAGUAUAGAAAUUGAGCGACCAUCGCGAGUAGAUGAAGUUGGGAGGUAUACAUACGAGGAAAAAUUGUUAAUCAAACAAGAUACUGAAUUUCAACCAUCCGAAUUCGAUGAACAUUUAAAGCAAGAAUUUGAAAAAAAGAAAUCGCAUUCUGAAAAGAAACGGUCUACUGAAAAAAGAAAGUCAACCCCAACCAGCACAACUACCACUGCAGCAACCACCGCCAUCAAAGUUGAAAAACAGCAACAGAGUGAACCUACAUUGGAAAAAGAAAUUAAGAUAGCUCGUGAAUAUCUUUGUGAUUAUGGUCCAAGACUUAAACAAAACUACAUCAUUUGGCGUGAUAAUGGCAAUUUCAGUUCGUCUUGCAUCAAAAAGAAUCCACUCGAGUGGACAACAGACGAAACAGCUCAUUAUAUAUCCACAAAGUGCCAUCCUAUCGGACAUCUCUUUAAGCGCGAAGAUAUAGAUGGAGCAGCUCUGCUAAGCAUGCAUCAAUCAGAUCUCACAGACAUUUUGAAACUUAAAUUGGGUCCAUCCAUUAAAAUCUUUUCGCAUAUAUUGCACCUGAGACAACAAGUGGUUUCGAGGUUUAUCAAAACCACUUAAUAAUCGACUGAUACUUAAAACGUAUUAAUUUAUAAACAAUCUAAAUCCUCCAUUUAUUGCCCA